UUCGCUAUUCAAAAUGGCAGCGUCUCAAUCAGGAAGUGGAGAAAACUACUAAGAAGAAUAAGUUGGAUAAAAUUCCCAAAAAUCGUUUGUUUGACGCGAGCCCUCGUUCAAAAACUGCCCGUGUGGUCGGGGCUUGGGUUGAGAAUAAGUCACGCAUUAACGGUCAUGGAGAGCUUUUACCCUUGUUAGAAGUACAAUCUAGGACAAAGCCAGCACGUGGGUGAGACUGUGCGUAGCCUAAGGCAGCUGGUGGUCAUGUGCAAAGCUGUGGUCUGAUGCCCACUCUCUCGUCAGCGCUGGCCAUGGACGGGGAGAACUACCUGCAUCCAGAGGGCCCUCAGCUGGACAGCAGCCUGUUCUCUGCCGUCUCCCCUAACAUGGAGAAUUCAAUAUAUGCGCCCUCUGGAUCUUGGGGAUCCUUUUCUCAGCAGCCUGGAUACAGCAUACACUGCCCUAUGCAAUCUGGAAACCAGCAAUACCACUUUAACAGCAGCACUACCACCACCACUCCGGAUGUGCACAUGGAUGUGUACUCGGGAUUCCCUGACGUGGACUUUUCCAGCCUCAACCUUCCUAGAAAUGGAGAUUUCCCCCAGGACCUGUCCUGCAUUGAUGACCUCUCCACCAACUCUUUGUUCUCCUCUCCGGCUGACUCGCUGUCGGAGUAUGCUGAUGCCCAGUCCUUCAUCAGCACAGAUAACCUGGACACAGUGCCCACCCUCUGGGACGUCAACACUAGUACCACCGCCACACCAGCACAAAGCCAGCUAGAGCAGAAUGGCACCAGCAGGUUUCAUGGCUUGGCCAGUUUGGAUGAUAUAACUGCUAUUAUCAGCACCCCACCUUUAGGAGGAUUCCAGGCUCAGAGAACCCAGACACCUCCAGAGGAGGAAGAGGAUGCUGAGGAAGAGGAGACGGAGGAACUGGGACAUGUAGACACAUAUGCUGAGUACAAACCUUCUAAAUCCACCAUAGGAAUUUCUCAUCCUGACAUAGUGGUGGAGACAAACACACUAUCCAGUGUCCCUCCUCCUGACAUCACCUACACUCUGUCCAUCCCUGAAUUAACUAUUAACAGUGGCCAGCUGUCUGCUCUGCAGCUAGAGGCCAUCAUCUAUGCCUGCCAGCAACACGAGGUGAUCCUCCAGAACAACCAGAGAGCAGGCUUCCUGAUUGGAGAUGGGGCAGGGGUCGGAAAGGGCCGCACUGUGGCAGGAAUCAUCCUGGAGAAUUACCUUAAGGGAAGGAAGAAAGCACUGUGGUUCAGCAUAUCCAAUGACCUGAAAUUUGAUGCAGAGAGAGAUCUCAAAGACAUAGACGCAUCGAAUAUUCCUGUGCAUGCCUUAAACAAGAUAAAGUAUGGAGACACAGCUACCUCAGAAGGAGUCCUGUUUGCAACGUACUCUGCGCUGAUUGGAGAGAGCCAGGCUGGAGGGCAGCGUCGGACAAGAAUUAAACAGAUCCUGGACUGGUGCAAGCCAGACUUUGAUGGAGUUAUUAUUUUUGAUGAAUGCCACAAAGCCAAGAAUGCCACAUCGACAAAGAUGGGCAAGGCAGUGCUUGAUCUGCAAAACAAGUUGCCACGGGCCAGAGUGGUGUAUGCCAGUGCCACAGGUGCCUCUGAGCCAAAGAACAUGAUCUAUAUGAGCCGCUUGGGAAUCUGGGGUGAGGGCACGCCCUUCAGAACCUUUGAUGACUUCCUGCACACCAUCGAGAAGAGAGGCGUCGGUGCCAUGGAGAUUGUUGCCAUGGACAUGAAAGUGAGCGGGAUGUAUAUUGCCAGGCAGCUGAGCUUCUCAGGAGUAUCUUUCCGCGUCGAAGAGAUCGGCUUGGAUGGUGACCUCAAACUGGUCUAUAACAAGGCUGCCAAACUGUGGGCAGAGGCUUUGCAAGUGUUCAUGCGUGCGGCGGAUGAGCUAGGCCUGGUCAGCAGGAAGUCUCUUUGGGGGCAGUUCUGGUCAUCUCACCAACGCUUCUUCAAAUACCUCUGUAUUGCUGCCAAGGUCCGCCGCCUGGUGGAGCUGGCCCAGAGGGAGCUGGGGGCUGGAAAGUGCAUCGUUAUUGGCCUUCAGUCAACUGGAGAGUCUCGCACCAGAGAGGUUCUGGAUGAGAAUGAUGGACAUUUGGACAGAUUUGUCUCUGCAGCAGAGGGAGUUUUUCAGUCUCUUGUGACAAAACAUUUCCCUUCGGAAAAGCAGAGGAGAGAGAAGGCACCAGGGAAUAAGAGGAAACGGAAACCCAGAGGUCGACAAACCAAGGUACCCAAGCACACAGUGGACAGUGGUGGCGUGAUCAACAUCACUGAUGACAGCAGCAGUGACACUGACGGCAUGGACACAGACUCUAACUCCUCACCUGACUCCCUGUUGGACAACGAUGAUGUCAUCUUUGUAAACCACACUAGCUACCAGACAGCAAGGAUAGAGGAGAUGAAGCAGGGCCUCCUUCACAAAAUAUCCGCACUGGGUAAAGAACUACCUCUUAAUACCUUGGACGAGCUCAUUGAUAAGUUUGGAGGACCAGAUAAAGUCUCAGAGAUGACUGGUCGUAAGGGUCGUGUGGUUCGACGUCCUGAUGGCAGUGUCCGCUACGAGUCCAGGGCUGAGCAGGGUCUUACCAUCGACCACAUCAACCUCAAGGAAAAAGACCGCUUCAUGUGUGGAGAGAAGCUGGUGGCCAUCAUCUCAGAGGCAGCCAGCUCUGGGAUUUCCCUGCAGGCAGACAAGCGGGUGAAAAACCAGAAACGCCGAGUCCACAUGACUCUGGAGCUGCCGUGGAGUGCAGACCGGGCUAUUCAGCAGUUUGGUCGCACCCAUCGGUCCAAUCAGGUGACGGCACCAGAGUACAUCUUCCUUAUCUCAGAGUUGGCCGGGGAGAGACGUUUUGCCUCCAUUGUGGCAAAGAGACUAGAAAGCCUGGGUGCAUUAACACAUGGAGACAGAAGAGCCACUGAAUCCAGAGAUCUGAGCAAGUACAAUUUCGAAAACAAGUAUGGUACCAAGGCUCUGGAUAAGAUCACCAAAGCAAUCCUUGGUCACAUAGAAAACAAGGUGCCCCCUCCCAAAGGCUACCCAGGGGGUGAAGCCAUCUUCUUCAGAGACAUGAAACACGGAAUGAUGGACGUGGGCAUCUUUUGUAGGGAAUCUCGCUUUGGGAUCAGUACUGAGAAAGAUUGCAGCAUCACCAAGUUCCUAAAUCGUAUCCUGGGCCUGGAGGUCCACAAGCAGAACUAUCUCUUCCAGUACUUCACUGAUAACUUCGACUACCUAAUCGAGAAAGACAAGAAGGAGGGCAAAUACGACAUGGGAAUCUUAGACCUUGCCCCUGGUAACGAUGAGAUCUAUGAGGAGAAGCAGGAAUCUUUCCUGACAGUUGGAAACCCCCAGGAUGGACAGGUUGUUCUCUAUAAGAUCAGUGUGGACAGAGGAAUGCCCUGGGAUGAGGCCUACAACAGGUCACUGAAGCUCAGCGGUCCUGAUGAGGGAUUCUACCUGUCCCAGAAGCUGCGAGGUAACAACCCAUGUGUGCUGCUGGCUGAGCAAGGAAGAGGCAAAAACUUAAUUGUCUUUAAGCCCAACAUUGGGAAGCAGACCCAUCCUGAGAGCCUGGACAAACUCCUCCAACGUUACCGGAAGGUGACUCCAGAGGAAGCCAGAGACAACUGGGAGAACCAAUUCACAUUCUCGUUCAAGAAAUGCAGCCAUGCCAACUGGAACGGGAAGUGUAAGAAAAUUGAGGAAGGCCAGGAGUGUCUGCAGGGCAUGCGUCUGCGUCAGUACCACAUGUUGUGUGGUGCUCUGCUGCGUGUGUGGAAGCGUGUGUCUGACGUGGUGUCUGACAUCACCAGCUCCAGCAUCCUGCAGAUCGUUCGCCUCAGAACAAAGCAGCACAACAAGCAAGUCGGCAUCAAGAUCCCAGAGAACUGCGUGGCCCGUGUGCGUGAGGAGCUUCUGCUCAUGGACGAGGAGGUGAAGAGGAGAAGGAAAGAGAAAGAGCAGCAGGCGGUGGAGCAGCGACUCGCUGAGGACCGCAUGCGUAAAAUGGAGCAGGAGAACAAGCACCUGCUGGCAAAUCUGUUCAGCCAGAAACCCAUGCUGAACCAGUCUCUUGCUCAGUCGCUCGCACAGAGCCAGAUCCUCAAACUGAAACUGAACCAAAAUGCUUUGUCAAGGACUCAAACUGGUAGCUUCUCGCAGCUACCGAGAAUGCCAGGCCAAACCCAACCUUCACAGCCAUCACCCUCCCAGAACUUAGCCCUGGUGCCCUUACAGAGAAACCCCAGCCAAACCCAGCAACGGACCCAGCAACUGAACACCUGGCACAACAAUUCCACCACCGCCUCUACCACCAACCAGGGUUCCCUCGCCAAUGCAGUCAGCCUCAACUCAAAUUUCUCUCAGUUUUACCCCCAGUCUUUCCUUUCCUCUUUUCCUCAGUUAAAGAACCCAUCACUUCCACUCCACCAGAUGUUGUCACCCAGCUUGUCCUCCAAGAACUCCCUGAACGAGAUCUUGGACCUGACUGUCAGCUCACCUUCCCCCUCCCCAGACAGCACGGAGGGCAGGCUGGGUCUGGGUGAAUUGGCAGGACAUGCAGCCGCAUUCGGAGAUGACUUUAAUCUGGAGUCUCUGAUUUCCCAGAAUGCACCGAAUGCCCAGCCCGCUGCACAAAUUCAGCAGCCCCUUUUGCUACAACAGCAGCAGCAGCAGCAGCAGCGUCUCCAGCAGCAGCAGCAGCAGAAUCACAACCUGCUGGCCAAUAAUCACCAAAACCUAUUAGAUUUAUUUGACCUGUCUUUGUCGCCACAGAUGCCCACACAAAAAGCUAGCCCUUCACCCUCCUCCUCCUCCUCCUGUUCCUCUUCCACAUCCUCCGCCUCUUCUAUGUCAAACAACCUUGUUCCUCAUGUCUCCGCUGUCCUCCCGCCCACAUCCUCCCUUAUCCCGACAUCGUCUUCCUCCUCACUCUUCUCCAACCCGCCCUCCUCCUCUUCUCUGUUUGCCGGCUCUCCCCCCUGCUUUUCUCCCUCCUUUCUCCUCCCCCAGUCAGACUCUCUGUCCUUACCCAACGGCCACUGCAGUUCCAGCCUCCUCGACGUCCGUGAGGCCCUGAACAGCAUGCUACAAGCUGGACCGGACCGCAAAUCUGUCAUUCAAUACAGGCAACAAGAGUAAAAGCUUAGAAACAGCUACAGGUCAGACUCUUUUCCUUUAGGUGUUUUUUCUCUUUUAAAGCAGAUUGCGUCUUGUUUGCUGCUGUCUACGAUUGCACCCUCGGACCUACACCCUCUCCCCUCAGGGCCUAUAGUCACGUCACUGCCUGUCCUGCGCUCUGCUCACCCUUCUCUCUCUCUCUCUCGUCACCCGUAGCAUUCACCUGUUUGAGGCUGUCAAGGUGAUGACGAGCUCGAUCAAUACCAGAUUUCAACACCAAAGUGUGUCCCCUCCUCAGUGAAAGGCAGCUGUUAAAAGAAAAGUAUGUGAUAUCUGUAUUCUAUUGAACAUAGGAGCUGUCCAAACAAAAGCUCAAACAAGCCUCCCACUGCUGGGUUUUUUACGAGGUAUGAUCGGUGAAGAAGCUGGAAGCUCUGAAUGCCUUUCAACACGUGAACACAACAUCUUUAGACUUUGCUUUACUGUUACCUCGCGUCAUGGCCAUUUGUCUUGUCUAAAUCAAGGCUGUAUGCAAGGCUUAGUUUGGGUGAAACAAAGGAUGGUGUUGAAGUGGAAGGGCGGGGAAUAAAUAAAAAGAAAAAAAUACGUUAAAUCUGUUAGCUGAUUAGCCAUGAAAUGCCUCAGUUUUCUUUCUUUCUUCUACAAGCUCCCUCGUGUUUCUCUCCCUGCUUUAUGGACACUAGUGUGAGGAAAAAGGGAGAGGAAGAGCUGUCUCUUGUUGCAAACAGUGCCUUUGGAGAAAUCUAUAAAUGCAGUCUAGAAAUCCAUGUAGCCUGAUGUAUAGAUUUGUAUUUUGUAUUUGGUUUUCUUUUUAAUUUAAUAUAGUGUAUUACUAUUUAACUUUUAUCCCUCUUUAGUCAGUCAUUCAUCGUUUUGUGUUACACUAUGCUGGUGGUGGGUUUCAGGAAGGAGCCUCCAUUGAGCCUGUAUUUGCUUCUAUUAUGGUCUGUGGAGCUGUGGCACUGUGUCAGGAGGUCACUAUGGCACAAACUGUCGAGCAGCAGGAUGAAAAAUUGUUUUAAAAAACAACAACUUAUUAUUACCCUUUUUUUAAUUUUAAGCUGACAAAAACUUUUACCAAUAUAACUCCUGGUUUGAUUUGACUUUGAAUUUCUCAGGAAAGUCUCAAGUGUUGUGCUGGGUUGUGUUUGUGUGUCCUGAAAAUGAGUUAGUCUCAGUCUUUAAACACAGUGGAUGAUUAAGAAUUUGUUCUCUAGAAGUAUUUUUUUUUUUUUUUGUUUAAAUAACAGAAGCCUCACAUUGACAGAAAUUCCGUUCACGUAUGCCCCAACACUGGGUUUAAGAAGAGUUUAGAUUCUAAAAUGAAUUUUCCAUUUCAGGCAUGUGUUCACGUGUAGACAUACGAUGUUCACCAUCUAUAAUAGUCCAUGUUUUAGAAAAAAAAAGAAAAAAAAACCCUGUGAGAUUUGGCCGUCUCUGAGUGAAAACCAUGCAUGUUGUUGACAAAAUGGUGGCAUAAGUUGAAGUGAUCAAAGAGCAAUAAAACCACAUUCUUCUGCAAGUGUGAUGGAACAGAAAAGUACUGUUAGAGCUCAACAGGCAAAGCUUUACUGCUACAUUUACAUGGUAUGAAUCUCGCCAUUUCUAUUGUGCUUCAAAGUCUUUCAGUUAAUCACAUUCUGAAACGCAUACAAACCUUUGUAUAGUAAGUUUUCACGGGAUGAGCGCAAUGCGCUCUUGAUGUUUUAGUCAUCGUUAUUAUAAAAGUUAUUGUUAUUUAUAUUUAAGGGAAAUUUAGAUUUUAGAUAUGUUAUCCUGCUUAUUAGAAUAGUUAUCCUAAUGUUUGGUCAGGGACGUUUGUAGUUGUCAAGAUUACUAUAAAAAAACAAAUUCUAUUAUAACCUGCCACCAAAUAAGAUUGCACUGUUCUGUACUGCUGUACAGUGUAUGGAUUUAUUUCAGUUUUGCUGUUUUGUUUUUUCCACCAGUAAAAUUGUUUCUCCGACUUGUCGGCCUCAGUCGGGCCCUCAGGUCGCAGAGAGAUACCAAAGUAUUCCACGGACACCGCGUAAGUUACUGGCUCUAAGAUAUCAGACCUUUUUAUCAAUCUCAGGAAGAAACCUACAAGACGUGUACCAGUGGGGCGCUACCAUAAAUAUAUCAUUUCCCCGAAUAACAGUGGUGAAACUAACCAAUAAAUGUGCUGUUUUUUUCUUAACUUUUGUGCUGUGACUCUUGCUGUAUUUAUGUUUUAGACUUAAUGUGAUGGGUUUUUGUCGUUUUGUCCUUGUGAAAAUGUCAGUGAUUCUAAAUGUUUAUGCCUUCUUAGGGCAAAGAUCAAAGGCGGUUUCUUUUUUUUAAGGAACAUUAUUCUUUCUGUGGACGUUUUAUUUUCAUUUGAACUUCUCAUAAUAACUUCUGGCAGGCUGUACACAGAAUUGUUGGGACAUUUGAAUUCCUGUAAAAGCCGACUGGUUGAUUUGCACCCAGGUUCUACUGAACGGUGCGAUUGUCCGUCGAAGCCUUUACUCCCUCAGUGUAACAGAUGGUUUAGUUUAACUCACUCACAGCAUCUCUUCACAAUACUUCCAAUUCUUUUUAAUCUGCAACAUCCUAAAAUAGCUUGCUCUCCUCAUACCUUGUUGAUUAUGCUUUUAAUUUUCCUCAUCAGGCACAUUCCGAGACACCCGUCUGAAAAAGAUCUGCCUUUGAUUCACACAAUUAAAGCUUUAUGCAUUUGAGGGAUGUGGACCGUAUUUAGGAAGAAAAAGCUUCUUUCUUUUUUUUCUACAAUUCAUUAGUAUAGUUGGGCCUUUUUUCAUGUUGUUAUCAUUUUUGCACUAAGAAUGGCAUAAUCAAGUUACUGUUCUCUUGUUGGUUAUGAUUGAGCGUCGCAAGCUUGUUGUUUUUCUGAUCUUUGAUGGAUUGCUCUGUGUAUACUGUAACCAUCUCUCGUUUCUUCACCAUUUGCAUAUUAUAUAAAUGUUAUUACUCAAAUAAUUUAUUGCUAACAACAAAAAAAAUGAAACAAAAAACAUGCUACUGAUUGUAUGUAUUUUUAAACAAAGCCUAUUUUUUCUGUACAAAAAGAAACUGUGUUCAGCACUUUUAUUCUGGGUUGUGCUUUUGUUUUCUAUAUAUUUAUAAUUUAGAUCCAAAUGUAUAUAUUGUAAAAUUUGUGCCUUUCGACUAAUUCUUUAAAAAGGUUUUCUACACAUUAAAGGAAGGACUAUAUGAAAUUGCAAUCUUAACUUUGUAAACAAAUAAAAACUUGAAGAUUGCUGAAA